AUGAGACAGGUUCAUUUGAAAUACAAUUGGGGCUGGGCAAGUAGCAACCCCAUUCAACUCUCCCUCUACAUCCGAGCCUUGCAGAUCUUCCAGGCCAUACCCUUUGAAGAUGUCAAAUCUUACUUCCAGAUCGCUGGCAUUCACGGUCUUCCUGCUAUUCCCUGGGACAAUGACCCAGUCCCGAUGGAGGCAAGCAAAUCUUACAACAGCAACUACGCAUCAUCGGACAUCACUCCUGAUUUCUAUUGUCCGCAUAACUCUAUCCUUUUCCCCACUUGGCAUCGCGUGUAUGUGCUGUUGUUUGAGCAGCGACUCUGGGAGAUCAUGAACUCGGAGAUCGUGCCUCAAGUCACUGGCUCUCAACAGGCUGUGUGGCAGGAAGCGGCUAAUAGCUGGCGGUUGCCAUACUGGGAUUGGGCUGCGGAUCCCAGUGUGCCAUCAGUUGUUCGUGGGGAUAAUGUCUCCAUCGUUGAAUUCGAUGGCAAGACCGUUAUUUCUACUUCCAAUCCGCUGUACCAGUUCAGCACGGGUGCUAUCUCAACCUUCCAGAAGACGCGCUCAGUUCCUCUGUUCAAUGAUCGGUCUAGUCUCGGACAAUGGACUAUCUUUAACGACCCCCCGAUGGCUUAUACCUCUGGGACCAGCAGAUGGGGUCUUAGUAACAGUCUAAACAACCAAGAUGUCUUGACACCUCAGCAGACCGCUGGUAUUCAAAACAAUCACUUGGUUGACCUGGCACUACAAGACCCCAAUUGGGCCGUGAUCAAAGUGGGCCCUAACCAAGACAUUCCUACUGGCUUCAACGGUUCGAUUCUGGAUCAAGUCAGCCCGCUCUUCGUUCCAACCAACUUCGAUAACUAUGCCGAGUUCGCCACUACUGCACAUGGCGGCAAUGAGCCAAAUGGAUGGCUGUCCCUUGAGAUGAUCCACAACUAUAUCCACGUGAUGGUUGGAGGUUUAGGAUGGAACCUGGACCCCACUCAGGAAACCGGUAGCGGGCCAGCAAAUUAUUCCUAUGGCCAUAUGUCUGAUCUUGGCACUGCUGCCUAUGACCCCAUCUUCUGGCUGCAUCACUGCAACGUUGAUCGUCAGUUUGCUAUCUAUCAGUAUAACAAUGGAAAAGGACAGUGGUUCACUGGGGCUACAGCGGAUACCGAUCCCACCGCCCAGGAUAGCCUCUAUCCAUUCCAUACCGAUACCAAGUUUACAAACUGGAACUCUGAUGGCGUCCAAGAUUGGACGUCGCUUGGAUAUACGUAUCCCGAUCUCGCGCCUGAAACAGGCCCCUCUGGCACUGCUCCUCUUGAGCUUGUUCAGAAGCGCCUCACUGAGAAAUACGGAGUCCUACGAAGAGUUCUCCACAAGGUUGGUUCCACACAGAAGAUUGAAGGUCUCGACAAUGACUAUGUGAUCAAUGUCAUCUACAAUCGAUUUGACUUGAACGGAAUUAGUUACAGUAUCCACUUCUUCAUCGGUAAGGAAAGUGAUAUUCCCAAAUCUCCUGCGGAUUACAAGCUGAGCGUUGAUUACAUCGGCGGUAUCCACACGUUUUCCUCUAACUAUUGGACUCGCGGCAACAAGAAUGGCGUCAACUGCGAGAACUGCCAGAAGCAGCAAAAGAUCCAUCAGCUGUCGAAGGGUCAGGUCCCAGUUACUCUUGCGCUCCUGCAGCGAGCGCUGAACAAGGAUGAGAGAUGGGCUGCUAUUAGCCAUCUUGGAAAAGACCAUGUUGUUGAGUACAUGACUAAACAUCUCCAUUGGAGAGCUGUCGCUGUGCCAAAUCAACUGCUUAAUACAGAUGAUCUGCCCAAUCUCAAGGUUUUCUUCAAGGCUGGAAAGGCGGAGCAUCCAGAGGAUCCAGCUAAGCCAUCCAAGUACUUUGGCUAUGAGCAUCAAUGGAAAGUCACCAAGGAUAAGUUUGGAGGAGCGAAGCCGGAGUAG